AUGAGCAGAGAAGAGAUUGAAGUUGAUAGUAGUUCAGCAAAUGAUGGUGAAGAAGAAAUUUACGAAGUCGAAGAAAUUAGAGACCAUAGAAUAAUAGAUGGAGUCGUUAAAUAUAGAGUUCACUGGAAAGGAUAUUCUGAUAGCGAAGAUACAUGGGAACCAUUGGAAAAUCUUGAAGGUUGUCAAGAAACUUUAAAUGAGUACUAUGCGAAACUUGAAGCUAAAAAGAAAGAAAAGGAAAAACAAAGAGCAGCAUUAAAAGCAAAACAAAAAGCAGUAUCAGUUCAUCUCGAACACGAAAAAUCAUCUAAAAAUGAAAAAGAACGAACGAAAAAUUACUCAGAUAGUUUAUCUUCAGAAUAUUCCGAUAAUCCAAAACAAAUUAAACAAAAAACAGAAAUUUCCAAGCCAAAAGAAAGUUCACGAGCAACUGCACCUAAACCUACUCCUGUUGAUAAGCCAAAAAGGCCAGUUUCUGAAGUAGAAAAAAGGCCUCCACCUAAAGAACCAGAAAGAAGGAAACUUAUACAAGAAAAUAGUGUCUCAAAUAGAAAGGAACCAGAAAGGAAGAAACCUACUUAUGAUAGCGAUUCCUCAAAUCGAAAAGAACCAGAAAAAAGAAAAAUUGUUAAUGAAACAGACCGAAAAAGGCAAGCUAAUAACAAAAAGAAAGAAGAAGGUCCAGAAUACAAUCCAGAUUUCUACCAAUUCUAUGGAAGCAUUCAAAAACCAACAAUUAAAAGAUUUCUCCCUAAAAAACAAAAUAGAGCUAUCUUAUAUAAUAUUGAUCAAGAACUAUAUGACAAAUUCGAAACAGAUCCAUUCCUAGAUGGUAUAGAACCUACUGGAAUCAUUGAUUACAAAAAAGUUGAUAAUAUUAAAGUUGUUGUUGCUGUUUUCUCAGAUGGAAGCAAAGAAUAUAAUAAAGAUGUUCCUCUAGAGUUGAUGAUCAAGAUGUUCCCUCAACUCGUAAUAAAUUAUUGCUUGAAGAAAAGAGAAAUGGAAUCUAAAUAA